AUGUCGACACCAAAUCACAUUACACAUUUAAUACGUCUCGAUAAUCUUUGUAAGGAUUGGUCUACAAUACAUUCUAAUUCUUGUAAAUAUUUUUCUUCUUUAAUAAAUAUAUUAACACAAAGAAAAGAUACUGAAUUAUUACUUGGUUCAAAUAAUAAUAAUAAUAAUAAAAUUUUUGAUUCAUUUUAUGUUAAUAAUAAUAAUUCAAAUUUAAUGCCUUCUUCUUCAAUUUCUAUUGGUAAAAAUCUUCCUUUCUUUUUACAAUCACAAUCUUUAACUUUAUUAAUUUAUAAACAAUCUCGUGAAAUUGAAGAAAUGUUAACAAAAAUUCAUUCGGUUUUACAAGAAUUUGAAGAAAUUAUUAAUUCAAUGAAAAAUAUAUUAAAUCAAAGUAAUAAAUUAAUUAAUCCAAAUCAAACAAUUUCAUCCUCAUCUUCUUUAAAUUCUACUACCACAACUUCAAUAUCUACUACUACUACGACGACGACGACAAAAAAACAAUCUUCUAAAAAAAAGAAAUCAAAACAACAACAACAACAACAACAUUCUAAAUCACAAAAAUCAUCAAAUAAAUCAACUUUAAAUCCUCAAAAAAAACAGAUUGAUUUAUUUGAUAAUUUUGAAAAUCCAGAAGAUAUAGCUGAUAUACCAAUUAUCACAUCAAAUCUUUAUAUUGUUAGAAUCGUUGAAAUGUAUGAGAAAGAAUUAUGUUAUAAAAAAAAUUUGAUCUUUGGUGGAUGUUUUAAUAUUAAUCAUAAUGAUGAUUUUGAUGAUGAUAAUGAUGGAGAAAACGGAUUAAGUGGUGGAAUGAAUGGUGUUAAAUUAAUUGGUGAAAGAUGGGCUGCUCAACCUUAUUUGCUAUUUGAAAUGGAAGAAGAAAUGUGUGAUAGAAUUAAAGUUUGGAAGAGGGUUAAAGAAUUUGGUUCUAUAAAAUGA